CUUCCUGGUCAUAUGAGAGGGGAAUCACUGUGCCGCCUUGAUACUGCUUCCACCAGGGCAGAGGAUCAGCUCCUUCACCGCUUUUCUCAUCUGUGAAUGUUGUAACCUGAACCUUAGACCUACAGGGACACACACUGCAGUUUUUCACUUCUCCUGAUUUCUGGAUCGUUCAUCGUGCACGUGGCCCAGAAGAGUCUGUUUUGAAUCCGUUUUUUCCAACGCCACAAGCAGAAAGCAAUCUCAAAGAGAGGACAGUGGAUUCAAUGAGGGAGCCAGAGAGGGAGGAGCAGACUGACGCCACCAUGCCUCCCAAAUUUAAGCGGCACCUGAACGAUGACGAGGUCACCGGCUCUGUGCGCAGUGAGAGGAGGAACUUGCUGGAGGAAGACUCUGAUGAGGAGGAAGACUUCUUUUUAAGAGGACCAACUGGACCCAGGUUUGGCCCCCAGAAUGACAAAAUCAGACAGGUGCAAUCUCAAGUUGACGAGGUCAUCGAUGUGAUGCAGGAGAACAUCUCGAAGGUGAUCGAACGCGGAGAGCGCCUAGAAGACCUGCAGGAUAAAUCUGAGAGCCUGUCGGACAACGCGUCUGCGUUCAGCAGCCGGGCCAAACAGCUUCACCGGAGGAUGUGGUGGAGGGACGUAAAGAUGAAGAUGAUCGUGGCGUUAGUGAUCGUCAUAGUGCUGCUCAUUAUAAUUAUCCCUGUGAUACUACGGUAUCACUAGUUUUCUGCAUGGAGGUUGGAGGCAUCAUCUGCUCUUCCUCCAACCUCCUCCUUCUCCUCAUCUUCCUUUUUUGCCAUUCCUCCACAUGAGAAUGGGGUGCUGCCAGCCCCUCUGAACAGACGCUUCAGCAGGUUCAUCUUCAACAGUCGGGCCAUUGGAGUGCGAGCGUGUGUGUGUGUGUGUACACAUAAUACGUUCUUUAAGUCAACAUGGCAUUGCGAGUGGUCCAACCUACAGUACAUCCACACCCUAAUCAUGCAGUCAGUUUAUAUGCAUAGUAGUGUUUCUGAAUCCAGACUCAGUCUUGGUCUUAAAGUUCAUAUCUGACUUUAUUAUUUAUAUGAUUUGAUUGUUCUCUGCCAAAACAAAGACCUCAACCAUUCCUCUCAUGCUUACCAGCACAUGCAAACUCAAAUGUACACCAUACACAUAUACAUACAGGGUUACUGGUUUUGCUUUUGUUUUUUCACCUCCCCAUAUAAGUGGAUUCGGUCAUCAUACUGAAGAGAAAGCCUUCACUAUAUCCCGUUGUUAUGAUUUCAUGAAAGGUUUAAACAAGCUAUUAAAAUUAAUCUGAGAACCAUUGGUGAAGCCAAACGGGUGCUUUUAAACAUCAGCGUCUAUAACCAUAUUCUCUUAAAGGAGGUCCUUUUAGCAGCAGGUAUGUAAGCAAAAAAAUAUAUAUAUCAUGGCUAAUUGUGGUGAGUUUUAGUGAUUUUGGUUUUCACAGAACACUUGGUAUAAAGGUUUAAGUAAACAACUGACUAGCUCUGUUUUUACUAUUUUGCCAAGUUCAGCUUCAUUCAAGCUUCGUUAUGAAGAAAGGCCAUGCAAACCUGAAUAUUCAUCUCUUACAGCCGUGCGGUGCUGAUCAAAUUUUAAUCUGUACCCUUUUAUUUUAAUGUACACUUUAAAACUUGGCCCUCAUGAAUCCAUCUCAUAAAGUAGAAUCAGUAUAAGCUGCAGUGUUUUUUGGAAAGGACAUAUGGAAACGAUACAGUCCUUACUAGCACAUGGGAAUUUAAAAGUUGUUACUUGCUUUAAAGUACAGGACCGAGCACAGCGUUGUAAUCAAGUGCAGCUGAAAUGAGUAAUCAGGUUUGUCCAGCUUAUAGGCGAGUUGCUCUUGAUAUGGUGUCCUUGCUACCAUGGAAACAACAUCUGUAAAUUUGUAUCAACUUGUAUGGCUUCAAUGAUGUACUAUUCUUUUGUAUUUAAUUUAUAUGUAAAUAUCCAUUCCUUAACCAAGGGAAUUGCGUUAAUAGACUGUGAACUACUUUUGUGUUUUGAAAUAAAUUGGAUUUAAAGCGA